GCCAGUUUUCCCGAUAAGAAGUCACAACGCGACCUAAAACGCCUUCUCGUUUGCGGUCACGUAUUUUGCUUUAUCCCUUUCCUCUCCUCCGUGCAGUGUUCGCCGCCUUUGCUCGUUCUCUCAUCGGCAAGCCCUAUCUAUCGCUGUUACAUCUUCAACGAGAGAUCGAGAUUCUUCGUCACCUAUCUAUCUCUCCCAUGUUUCUCUGCUGUUCGUUUCCUUCUCCAAUUUCUAGGGUUUGUCUUUGAACUUCAUAAUCCUCCAUCCCAAUUUGGGAUUUUUUAAUCGAAUGACACGAAAUUCAAUUCGCUAUUGAAUUUUUCUUACUUAUUUACUCUUUCUUGAGGUUUUGCUUUAUAGAUCUGAAGUUUGUGCUGUACGGUUCCCAAUUGUAUUCUUUUGGUCUUUGGUUGAAUAUUUAGGAAGAGAAAGCAAGAUUGUUGCACUGUGGGUGUUAGGAUUUAUAACUAGCGAACUUCUUGUUCUUUAGAUUCGGGUUUAGGGCUUCGUCAGAAGUUUGGAUUUAGGCUCUUAUAUAUGGCGGCUGGGAGACAUGGGGGUUACCGUGAUAAUGAAUUCAGAGACCGGGAAUCCGAAAUGGAUGUGUCAAGGCGGGAAUUUGUCUACUCCAAGGAAGAUUACGAUUUGGUUAGGAACGGUAGUCGGGACAAUGGACGAGGUCAAGUUCGUGAUGCCAGGGAUAGAGUUAGGGUUAGACAGAAGGAUAUUAAGGAGAGGGAAGUGAUUAAGGGUGGGUACCGAUCUUCUUCCAGCAGGAGUGAUUCAAGUAGCAGUGGCAGAGGUGGCAGCCUGGGGCCAAAACCAUGUGGAUUUUCCGUUAAGGUGGUGGAUAGGGAGCCGGGUGAGUUGUCCAGCGAGAGCGGGUCUGAUGAUGCAAUUGAUUCAGAACCCCAGGUUAAAGAUAGUGAAACUUCAAAGAUGGUAGAGAAUGGGAUUCAAUCUCCUGCCGAGAGGAAAAGAAAGUUUUCACCUAUAGUGUGGGAUAGAGAUGACAAGGAAGCAAGUAAUUUGUCUCGGAGUAGAAAUUCCCCAGCAGUGACGGUUCUUCCUCUCCCCCCACCACUGCCUAGGGCAUAUCGCCAGUCACCUGAUAUCAAUUUAGAUGGAAUACAUAUUUCAGCUGUAAAGAAUAGUAAAAUUCAUCAAAAUCAUUCUCCAGGUAAGCCUCCAGUGGCAUCCGAAUCGGCUGGGUCUCCAGUAGGAUUGUCUUUCUCACCUAUAAAGGAGCAGCCAUGGAAAAAUCAUCAGGAAGCGGAGCAACUGGAAGAUGAUGAUUAUGUACCUACCAGGCACAUAUCAUCAUCAAGAUGGGCAGCUGGAAACAGUUCUCCAGGUGAUGAAGGUGAAAUAUUGGAUGAUGAAGACAUGCAUAAAAAAAAGAGGAAAUUGCCUCUGCCAGAAUCCCAGCAAAGCAGACCACACAGUAAAUCAUUGACUCCUGAGUUUGGGGAGGUUAAGAGGGAAGGCUCAGAAGGAGCCAGGUCUAGGUCAUUGGAAUCUGAUGAUCAUGGCACCCGUUCUAGGUCCAUGAGUGGGGAUAAUUGCCCAGAUAACGGUUUGGAAAAGGGUGACCACAUGGAGAUUGAUGAGAACCCCAGCGGAAGUGAUACUAGUAUUAGCCGGAGCCAUAUUGAUUCUGAGGAUGAGAAUGAUUCACUUGAGACACCAGAACCCUUGGGUCCUCCACAAAGAAGUGUUAACAUGCUCCAGGGAUGUAGAAGUGUUGAUGAGUUUGAAAGAUUAAAUAAAAUAGAUGAGGGAACUUAUGGCGUUGUAUAUAGAGCCAGAGAUAAGAAGACAGGGGAAAUUGUAGCGUUGAAGAAGGUAAAGAUGGAGAAAGAAAGAGAAGGUUUUCCACUGACUUCUCUUAGGGAAAUAAACAUUCUUCUUUCGUUUCAUCACCCUUCAAUAGUGGAUGUUAAAGAAGUUGUUGUAGGCAGUAACCUUGAUAGUAUCUUUAUGGUGAUGGAAUAUAUGGAACAUGAUCUGAAAGGGCUAAUGGAGACAAUGAAGCAACCAUUUAGUCAGAGUGAAGUUAAAUGCUUAAUGCUUCAGCUAUUGGAGGGUGUCAAGUAUCUUCACGAUAAUUGGGUGCUUCAUCGAGAUUUGAAGACAUCAAAUCUACUUUUGAAUAACCGGGGUGAGUUGAAGAUUUGUGACUUUGGGUUGGCUCGUCAAUAUGGGAGCCCAUUGAAGCCUUACACUCACUUGGUUGUUACUCUUUGGUACAGGGCACCGGAACUUUUGUUGGGAGCAAAACAAUAUUCGACUGCAAUUGACAUGUGGUCAUUGGGCUGCAUAAUGGCUGAACUAUUAUCAAAGGAACCACUCUUCAAUGGGAAAACUGAAUUUGAUCAACUUGACAAGAUUUUUAGAACCCUUGGCACGCCAAAUGAGACAAUUUGGCCAGGAUUUUCCAAGUUGCCUGGAGUUAAGGUCAACUUUGUCAAGCAUCAGUAUAACCUAUUACGUAAGAAAUUCCCAGCUACUUCUUUCACUGGCUCACCAGUUCUCUCUGAUGCUGGAUUUGACUUGUUGAAUAAACUUUUAACUUAUGAUCCUGAGAAGCGGAUUACUGCUGAUGCUGCACUUAACCAUGAAUGGUUUCGGGAAGUUCCUCUUCCGAAGUCUAAGGACUUCAUGCCUACUUUUCCUGCUCAGCAUGCUCAAGACAGGCGUUUGCGAAGAAUUAUGAAGAGUCCAGACCCUCUGGAGGAACAGCGUAGAAAGGAGUUGCAACAAGGGGAAUUAGGCACUGGUGGCUUGUUUGGCUGAUGGUAUCCCAGUUGAUUCUGAAGAUGAUAUGAUCUACAUGAUUUGGAUUCCUCAUAACUGUCGAACGGCCAUGGUUGAGGUGAGAGACAUGCAUUCAACGGAAGUUGCAAACAUUGUUUGUCAGACGAUCAUUCAUGCUGUUUUUUAGCAGGCAGCAGAUAUGGUUUGGAAGGAGAAAUUAUUUGCCUCCUGUCAACCAGAUAUCUUGCAGGUUAUUUUUGUCUCUGGCUUUGGUGAUCAUGUAGAAAUGCAUCUUUGACACCAUAUGGUCUCCAAGGUGGGGCAUAGUAGCCUUUCUUCUUUUAAAAAUCGGUUUCAGCAGAAACUUUGUGUAUGUAACAUACUUCUAUUGAAACAUUGUAAACGUUUCUUAUAAAAUUUGGUUUUGAAUAUUAGAACAGUAAGGAUAUCUGCCCAUUAUGAGUUGCAUCCUUUUUAAUAUUCACAUUGUGUUUGCAAGAGAUGGUGGUGUGAAGUGGAGGUGACGUUCUUAGCUUUUCAUUGAAGAAGAAAAUUGAACAGUAACAAUUGUACGACAAAAGUAUCAAAGCAAGCAGGUUGAGGAGGUUACCUGCACGCUCUGGAUUUUAUAGAACUUCCAAUUAAUUGUUUCUUCUGGCUCACUAGAGGUACCAUACAAACCUUGGUUUGUUACAAUGUGUUGCAAUUCUAUGAUUGAUUGAUUAAUAUUAACUUUCCUUAGGAUAUGAUAGGUCUGGUUUUUUGGGGAUACUUUUAGUUGGAAAAAAUUGCUGUAAGCUUGAGUUUACAGCAUUAAUUGUGAGCACCGGUGUUUUAACCGUUUUUAAAAUUGUUACUCUGUAAGCAUUACUUUCUAGUGGUUAAGUAACUGGUAUUCAAUAUAUUUUGUGAGCUCGCACUUAUUGUAACAUUCUCCUUUUUAGUUUGUCAGCUGUAAUCUUCCUUGAGAUGUGCAUACCAUUGGUGUCAGAGUUAGAUGAAAUUUCUUGGAACCUUGUUAGAUAAUUUUUCUUCAUGAGUAUAAUAAUGGCUAGAUGAAGUUUUAGUUGCCUUGCAUCUUUUUAAAGGAAAGACUGGCAAUUAGAAUAAUUUUUUUAAGGAAAGACUGGCAAUUAUAAUAAUCUAAUGGAAAUUUUAUUUACAAUAAGAGACAAGAAAAAAGCAUUAACAUUUUGAUGUUAAGAUGGAUGUUGCUUGAUGUUGUUGACGUCAUCUCAAACUCCUUGGGAUACAUAAAGUUGUCAGUGCUCAAUUGUGUUGUUGUUUUGGGGAGAAAAAGAUGUUCACUUCAUUAUUUUUGUUUUUGUUUAAUUAAUAUAUAAUUGCCAUGGUCUAAGAUCUUCUAUAUGUACAAUGCCCUUUUUGCUUAUUAUUUUGGCAUUCGUCAAGGAAAAACUCGACUUAUUUGGUGGGAGUGGAAUCCUCUCAUGAAGAAGAUGAUGGCAUUCUGGUCACAUGGGUUAAGUAAAAUAACAUGGUGACUUCUAGAGUUUGAUUCAUUCGUAAUAUUUGUUUUUUAUUUUUUAUUUUUUGGAUUUCCACUUAUAAUCCUUGAAAAAAGAAAUACAUAAAAUACUUGCAUGAUAGCUGUUAGGUGGCAAUUAUUUCUUGUAUAUGAAAAUAUGAAGAAGUUGAGGCAAAUAUUUGGACUGCUGUUUGUUAUUUUUUAGCUGGAGUGUUUCUCCUUUUCUCCUCGCUAAUCAAAGUUGAACACCCAGAAAAUGAGUGACGGCAAUAUUCAGGUAGAACUUCGGAGGGUUGUACAUUUCUUAACCAGCAGUUUUCCCUUGUGAUUCAUUUUGUUAAUUUCAUUGAGAAUUGGUUCACUUCUCAGUUCUAGUGCUGAGAACGGUAUUUGUGACAGGCAAUAUUCAGGUAGACCUUUAGAAUGUUUACAUUUCUUAAACUCAGCAAUUUUCCCUAAUGAUUCAUUUUUGUUCGCUUUGCUUUCAA